AAGUGUGCAAUCCAUUCCUCACAGGCACACUCUCAAAUCCCAUUUUAAUUCCUUGGUUUUAUUAACACUGGAGCCCCCGCAUCUGGCACUGAGGGAUGGAGAACCUUCCGGAUUGGGGUCCAGCUUAAUUACCUGAAAAAGAUCAGGCCCUGUGACUCUUCCCACCGCAGCUACCAGAGGCAUGGAGCUACGGGAACAGCUCUCCAGCUGCUUGUUCUGUGCCAUACUCCUAGCAACAAUUCCCUUUUCAGAGAGUUUUGAAGUCAUCUCGUCCCCAGCUGUCAUGGGGAUCAUCGGCCAGGAUGUGGUCUUACCCUGCCAGAUCUCCACCAGGACACAGCCGGACAAUAUGGAAGUGCAGUGGAAGAAAAUUAUUCAGACACAUAUAGAGACUGUCUAUGAAUAUAGAGCCUGGACAGGCCAGGAUGUGCCAGGACAGAAAUACCAGGGCCGGACUGUGCUGUUGAAGGAUGGAUUCACCUCUGGGAAUGUGUCCUUAAAGCUGAAGAACGUCCAAUCGGCUGAUAGGGGAACAUACAUCUGCAUUGUGAAGACUAAUGAGUGGAGCGCUGAUGUUGAAACUGAGCUUCAAAUUGCAGAAUUAAAAAACAGUGAAACACUAAGAGAGAAAGGAAAGAAGAAAGUAAGAUUUUCCCUCCCAGAAACCCCUCAGAAGAGCACUGAAACCCCUGAGAACACUGAAAACAUGGUUAAGGCUAUCUUAGGUCUACUCCUGAGCAUGAUCGUCAUCGGGAUCAUCUUCUUCAUUUACUAUUGUUGCAGAAAGAGAAGCAGAGAUCCUGAAACAGAGAGACUCGUCAGUGCAGAAGAAGGACCCGGAGGUGAUGAUAGCCAGAGUCAGAGAAGACUCCAGAAAGAAAAAGAUGAACUUCAAACAGAACUGAAGGAACUCCAAGGAGAACGGAGACCUGGAGUUGAUGAGAGCCAGAGUCAGGGAAGUCUCCAGAAAGAAAAAGAUGAACUUCAAGCAGAACUGAGAAGACUCCAGAAAGAAAAAGAGGAACUCCAAGGAAAACUGGAUUGGAGAAUGAUUUGCAAGUAUGCAGAUAACAUCACUCUUAAUCGAGACACAGCCCACCCCAACCUCUCCAUUGCUUGGGAUCAGAAGAGUUUGAAACACAAAGCCCAACCUCAAAAUGUGUCACCAAACCCAGAGAGGUUCGAUUCGACUGUCUGUGUGUUGGGCUCUGAAGGAUUCUCCUCUGGAAAGCACUACUGGGAGGUGGAUGUUGUGAGCAGCACUGACUGGGACCUGGGAAUGGCCAGAAAAUCAAUACAGAGAAAAGGAAAACUUUCCCUGUCCCCUAAAGAGGGAUUUUGGGCUCUGGGUCUGAGUGGAAGAGAUUAUUGGGCAAAAACAGAUCCGUGGACCCGGGUCCUGGUGCAGAAAAAGCCCAAGAAAAUUGGAAUUUACCUUAGUUAUCAAGAUGGGCAGGUGACUUUCUUCAAUGUAACUGACAUGUCUGUGUUGUUCAUAUUUAAUGAUUGUUCAUUCUCAGGAGAGGUUUAUCCAUUUUUUAAAAAUUCACACAAAGAAACAACAAUGAGAAUUUGUUCUAUAAGAGAAGAUGAAUGAGGUUAAUUUGGCACUGCCACUCACUUAUCCCACUGUAUCUAUGAAAUCAAAUUUCCCAUCAAUGAAUUUGAAUUACACUUUGUCUCUAUAUUAUCCAUAGUGCCAUCUCUAAAACAGCACCAUUAUUCAAUUUAUGGCUAUGAACCUAUAACAUCAAAUUUCGCUCAAAAAAAUUUGAACUGUAGUUUUUACUCUGUACUUUGUGAGCUUCCAUCUUAAUUACUUGCUUUCAACCACAAAUGAUCUCGUUUGUCUCUUCUGAAAAAUAUUAUUAUUUGACUAGGGUUGUUAAGGAAAAGAUAUUAUGUUGCAGAUCUUCAAAUGAAAUCAGCACCAAAAUUAGGUUUUCAAGAUUUCAAUAUUUUCAAGAGCUCAGCUGCCCUUUACCCAGCAUGAAGAGCUUCUUAGAAAACCUGAGAAUAACUGUCACAGUGGGAGCUGCUGGGUAGAUAUUACUGGGAAAAAACCCAUCUUAUCUUACACAGUCAUCUUUUUCUCAGAGACACACCAUCACCAAACAUAUAACAUAACAAAUUAGCAGCUUGUCACUGGCCUGUGUACCACACAGUGAGGUAAGAGAAUAUAAAAUAACUCCCAUCUCUCUACACAGCUACACAAGAUUUACUAUCAUAGUUACAAGGCAGAUGAACCACUGACCUCCCACCACUGAGAGCUCCCACCCUGUGGUCUCUUUACCUUACCUAUCUCAGCGUGGAAUCUCAUGAGUUUUCAACUCUUACAUGUGGGGUCUGACUAUAGUAACCUGGUCAUACCAGCCCUUACCACCCAUCAGCCCCAUCUCAGAUUGGGCCCCUGCUUGAUCCUCCUUUCAGGAAACUGACCAAUAAUGACCAAAAGCCUUUUAAAAAUCUAAGUAUUUUUAUUUUGCAGUUGUGUAGUAUAUAGAGUAAUAUCCCUUUAAAUCAUCUAUGAGCUCUCUGUUUGUGUUCAUCUUAGUCUGAACUGGAAGCUGACAGAAACCAGUCAGAGCAGCAAUAUGUAUGGACCUAGGCCAUGCGUGCUUGUGUAUAUUUAGAAAACUCAUUUCUUUGGAAUAAACUUAUUUC